CGUCACACCCGGAAGUGUUUGUACAGGGUGUCUAGCGGAAACCACGCUCGGCUCCAUAGGUUCAAACCCGGACAUCUUCACCGUGUAACGUGUAUUUCACGUGUUUUAAAAGAAGAGCACCAUGUCCGCGGGCAGCCGCCUGGAGAACGCGAACCCGGUGAUCUUCCAGCGGUCCGGAGAGAGGCUGCUGACGGCCACCGAGGAAGAUGAAGACGCUCACGACCCCAUUGACGACAGAGAGAUAUUCGAUCUGAUCAGAUCCAUCAACGACCCGGAGCAUCCUCUGUCUCUGGAGGACCUGAACGUGGUGGAGCAGGUCCGGGUCAAGGUUGAUGAUGCAGAGAGCUCGGUAGGUGUCGAGUUCACACCCACCAUCCCUCACUGCAGCAUGGCAACUCUCAUUGGCCUGUCAAUCAAAGUCAAGCUGCUGCGCUCGCUGCCCGACAGAUUCAAAAUUGAUGUGCAGAUCACUCCUGGCACUCACGCCUCAGAGGAAGCAGUGAACAAGCAGCUGGCAGACAAAGAGCGAGUGGCAGCAGCUCUGGAGAACUCCUCGCUGCUCGAGGUGGUCAACCAGUGUCUGACCAGCAGGAGCAUCUGAGCAGCCAAUCAGCUUUGUGUCUUCUUCUUUUGUCUCUGAGCAGCCAGACAAGUGAGAAGCAUGUGUCUGUGCACAACUCACCAAACCUGCUGUUUUAGAUGCCCGAUUCAAGAACAGGGAACAUAGUCUUUAUUGUGUUAAAGAGAGUAUUAAAUGUGUUUAAUGCAGAGAGGUCUGAACCAAACAGAGAGAAUUUAAUGGGAGAAAGUGAUGAAUUUCUUCUGGUUACGUUUUAUAAAGGUUAUUUCCUGUUUUAUAUAAUGACAUUUGAAUUUAAACAUUAUCAAAGGAGGAAACUAUUCUGUCGCAUCAUCUGCUCAGAGUUUGCAAAAGCAAUUGUCAUAUAUUCAUUAUAUUAAUGCUUUUUGAAAUUUAUGAAAAGUCUGUAAUUUAAAUAAAGUUAUGAAGAUA